UGGCACGUGGUCUGUCAUUGCGUAGUUAGUGGUAGGCACGCACAGACGCACGCGCGCGCUGAUUGCCCGCUGAAGGGGAACGCACGGGACGUCCGGGGACCGGCAGAGAUACGAUGGAGUUUGAGGAGUCCGGCAUCGGAGAGGAGUGCGGGGUGUUUGGAUGCGUCGCGGCCGGAGAGUGGCCGACACAGCUGGAGGUGGCGCAGGUCCUCACCUUGGGGCUCGUGGCGUUACAGCACAGGGGUCAGGAAAGUGCUGGGAUUGUCACAAGUAAUGGAGCCAGCCCACCUACAUACGCAACCCACAAGGGGAUGGGGCUAGUGAGCAGUGCUUUCCCUCCUGAGGCCCUGCUGAAGCUGCGAUAUGGCAACCUGGGCAUCGGUCACACCCGCUACUCAACCACAGGAAUCUCAGAGCUGCAGAACUGCCAGCCCUUUGUGGUGGACACACUGCAUGGCAAAAUUGCUGUGGCACACAAUGGAGAGUUGGUAAAUGCUUCUGCCCUGCGCAAAAAGGUGAUGCGCCAUGGUGUCGGCCUGUCCACCAGCUCAGACAGUGAGCUGAUCACCCAGCUCCUGGCGCUGACCCCACCUAUGGAGGAGUUAGAUGCACCAGACUGGGUGGCCAGAAUUAAAAAUCUGAUGACAGAGACCCCUACAUCGUACUCGCUGUUGGUGAUGUACAAAGAUGUCAUCUAUGCUGUCCGCGACCCUUAUGGCAAUCGGCCCCUCUGCAUCGGACGCCUUGUCCCCAUUUCUAAACUGCACACCUCAGGUGCUGGAGAGGGGGACACCGAGGGCUGGGUUGUGUCAUCGGAGUCGUGCAGCUUUCAGUCCAUUGGUGCCAAGUAUUACAGGGAGGUCUUGCCAGGAGAGAUAGUCCAAAUUUCCAAACAUGGAGUCAAGUCCCUGAGUGUCGUCCCCCGUCCUGAAGGAGACCUGCCUGCCUUCUGCAUUUUUGAAUAUGUUUACUUUGCAAGACCAGAUUCCAUAUUUGAAGGACAGAUGGUGUAUACUGUCCGGCAGCGCUGUGGUCGGCAGCUAGCCAUAGAGGCCCCAACAGAUGCGGAUGUAGUCAGCACUGUGCCUGAGUCUGCUACUCCUGCCGCUCUGGGAUACGCAUGGCAGUCGGGGCUGCCGUACAUAGAGGUUCUGUGCAAAAACCGCUACGUUGGGAGGACGUUUAUUCAACCCAACACUCGUCUGAGGCAGCUGGGAGUGGCCAAAAAAUUUGGCGCGCUGACAGACAACUUUGCUGGGAAACGAGUGGUGCUGAUCGAUGACUCCAUUGUCCGGGGCAACACAAUCUCUCCCAUAAUAAAGUUACUGAAGGAAGCUGGAGCAACAGAGGUCCAUAUCAGAGUUGCCUCGCCGCCUAUCAGGUUCCCAUGCUACAUGGGUAUCAACAUUCCCACCAAGGAGGAGCUCAUCGCCAACAAGCCAGAGUUUCAGGACAUUGCUGGCUACAUCGGUGCCGACAGUGUUCAGUAUCUCAGUGUGGAGGGCCUGGUGUCAGCUGUCCAAGAGGGAAUUGCCUCCCUCCAGAAAGAUGAGAUGAUCAGUUCUAGUAAGUCCAGCAAGAGAAUUGGACACUGCACCGCCUGCCUUACUGGAAAAUAUCCAGUGGAGCUCGAGUGGUAACAACUGCUGCAACACAGUGGCCAUCUGUGGGGCACUGGAGUUGCAACAACACUGGAUUACUGAAAACUCUUUAUGAUUCCUCUGAACUCCAAAAUUGAGACCUGCUAAUUAAAUAUUACCUGUUGAUUAAAAGUAAGAAGUGUCUGCUUGUCUCAGUACUACUACUGGGGCCACCAAGAAAUGUAAGAAAUGUUGCAGGAUUUGCUUUCCCUACAAAAGGUGGUGUUAUAAAAAAAAAAUGCUAAAGUGAUAAUCAUACUGCUGAGACCCUGAGAUGGUCCAUGUAAACCCAUGCAUUUUCAUACAAGUUUUUUUUUUUUUUUUUUUUGUACAUUUUGUGAUGUUCUUGGCCUUAACCUCCAGAGAACAUUUGCUGCAUUUUUGCUAUAAGUAAAAAAGCACAAGGCUUGCUACCAAAAAUAAGUUAAGACUGUUAAACAUUAUUCAGAAGGCCUUAGAAAGUUAAGCUUGGCUUACGUUUUCUUAUAGUGUAGUUUUAUACAUAUUUUCCUUACUAACCACUGUGCACUCACUUUGUCUCUGUUUUAUUUGUGUGAAAGGGUUUGUCUGCUGGAUAUUUUUCACUUGUGUUUUUCCCUGUCUUGUAAACAUUACAUGAAACAAUAGUUUGACUCCAUCUUCACAACUUGUCAUUAGCAAGGAAUACACAGAAUAAAAGAAAAUAUUUACACAAAACCAACAAAAUAAAUAUGGUGACUACAGCAA